AAUUGAUUGCCAGCUUUCUACAUUUGGACAACCUGCCGCUGGUGGGUGGUCCAGAUCGAAUUUGUUGUGCGUAUAGUAGGCAGUGUGGGGCCCCAUUGCUGUGCUCCUUUGAUCAGACUCCGAAUCAUCCAGUAGCCAUCCAAGAGAGAAAUUAGUAAACCUUUUAUGUGGGGUCUGUUUCUGUGGGGUGGAGGCUGAGCGAGAGACUGGAGAAGCACCUGACUUGGCUAAUAACAGUGGCCUUUGAAACAAGACAGGGGGCGGGUAUGCGUCAAUGACACCAUAUCGCGAUUGAUCUGACAAUCAACAAGCGGUUUGGACAUGUCAGCAAGUGUUAUCAUUUUGUAUGGCUUUUUUUCCUAUGUUCUAUAAUGGCUACUAUGCCUCUUUCAUAGACAGACUCUCAGUAUUGUUGCAUUCUUGCUGUUCAGCCCGACUAAAAUCUACCUCGACAACGCAGCUUUUUAGUUGUAUCUCUUUACACAUCAGCAUAUUAUUAGUUUGUGCAGGAUGAGUCCAAGGUAAACACUGGUGGAGUUCGUUUUGCAAGGCAUGGUGCCCUGGGUGGAUGGAGUUUGUACAUUUUAGACAGUUCCAUUGGUCGUUAAGUGAAAUCUCCACCUCAUCUUGCACAAACCAGUGAGAGGUUUGGUAAGGUAACAAAAGGUUUACAUCAUGCUCAUCUGGCAGCCACACGACCUUGCGCACGGAAUCCCUACUCUUUUUACAUUGGAGAAAGCUAUUUGAUUGGUAAACAUGCUGGCAGUCUUACUGAUUCGACGAGAUCCAAUCGGGAUGAACCAAAUUGUGACUUCCGGGUUGAUGAGGGAAAAAAUGGUACAUAUAUAUGGGCAGAGUUGAGGGAGAGAAAGGGGGAUGUUUCAGCCUGUGUGCCUCGGCAGAUCUGGUUUAGGUGGCUCCUCCUUACAAAGUGUGGAUUUUAUUUUGCUGCAAUUCUGAAAAUCUAUUACGAUGCAUUGUUAGCAGAUGGGAUCUUUGCUGUAUUUGUGCGGAUUCAUCAAAUACCACCCAUGAUCAAUUGGAGCCUGGAGUAACGUUACGUUUUUGUCAAAUGGGAGGAGUGCCUGCCUUAAAUUCCGUACUACUCCCAUGAAGCUGACAGGAACCAUCAUACCACUGUGGUAUGUAUGAGCUAAUAAAAUGAAGUGUGAGUAGCAACGAAUGUCCCAUGUUGCAUUAGUGUCUGUGUGAAAUGCUGGCCUGCCUGCCAGGGCCAGGUGACCUCUCCCUCCAGCUUCUUUCCCACACGCAGAUGAACACUGGACUUCAGAAAUGGGACACUACACAGAGGAUGAGAUCCGCUCAGUAUCCAACCCCUGCGGAAUUGGAUGCUUAUGCUAAGAAGAUUGCCAACAACCCCCUGACCAUCAAGAUCUUCCCCAACAGUGUCAAGGUCCCCCAGAGGAACCACGUGCGCCGCACAGUCAACGGGCUGGAUACUUCAGGCCAGCGCUACAGCCCCUACCCCCCCUCUCAGGCCAACGCCAAGGCCGGCCUCCUUGCCAUCGUCAAGGUGCCUGUCGUCAAGGGCAUCCUCAAAGACUUUGACGGCAGCCGGUCGCGCCUGCACCCCUCUGGGGUCCUCAUGAACCCCCCUGGUCCUCGGGGGCCCUUUACAGCAGCUGUCUCGGCCAGCACUUUAAACCUUCACCAACCCCCUUCCCAAGGCCAGGGCGGGUCCCAGUCUCAGCAGAGCCUGAACCCUCAACUUGCGUGCCAGACUCACCCACAGACUCUACAACAGACCCACCCCCAGCAGCAGCAGGGCCUCAGACACCCACCCUGCAUGCCCCAACAGCAGCACCCGCAACAGGGGCUGCCCCGGCCCCAGACACUGUCCCACCCCCAAGCACUAGGCCAUCCCCAGCCUCCUUCUGGUCUCACCCUCUUGCUCCAACAGCAGCAGCAACAGCACCUUCAGCAGCAGGGGCAGCCACCUCCUGGACUGCAGGGUGGCCGGAAGCUGCCCGAUGCCGACGCACCGCCUAACGUUACAGUCUCUACCUCAACCAUUCCGCUCACCAUGGCUGCUGGCCUGAACCAGAGUCGCCAGCCAGACUUGAGCAGCAUCGUGCACCAGAUCAACCAGUUCUGCCAAGCCCGGGCCCAGGGGGCUGGAGCCACCUCCAUGUGUGAGGGCCAGAUUGCCAACCCCAGCCCCAUCAGCCGCAACCUCUUCAACAACGCCUGCUCCAGGGUUUCCAUGCACAGCAACCCGCACACCAACGCCUGCCCCCCCGGCCUGCCCCCACACCCCAACUGCAUCAUGUGUCCUGCAGACAAGGCUGCUGUCCCCGCUAACCCCCAAAACAACAUGGCUGCCAUGAACAGGAUGCAUGUUUACCACAAUGAUCUCAAACAGCAGCAACACCAACAUAAUUUACAACAGCAGCACCAACAGCAUUUACAACAGCAACACCAACAGCAUUUACAACAGCAACACCAACGGCAUUUACAACAGCAGCAGCAUCAACAACAACAACAUAAUCACCAACAGCAGCAGCAGAUGCGCUGGAACCAACACCAGUUGGCUUAUCUACAGCACAUGCAGCAGGACGGUGGGGGCCACCCCUGCAAGCACCCUUCUCGAAUGGGCUACCCCCCGGAGCUGUGUGGGGGCCAGUCAUACAGCCUGAAGCCUCCUAUAGAGAAGCCCACCCCCUCUCCUCCCAUCAACAACAACGGCAUGCCUGGGGGUCCACUGACCCACUACACCAAUGGUGGCCACUACUUCCAGCCACACGCUGUGUGGAACAGCAGCAUCCUGCCCACGCCCAACAGCGACAGCUCUGGGUCUCAGGACCUGGCCAUGCCGUUCCAUGGGGGGGCCUCAGGGGGCACCACCACGCUAGACUGCGGCGGGCCCCCUGGGGGAGGCCAUUACAGGCCAGGGGGCGGCGGCUCCACCUCCUCUUCCUCCUCCUCCAGCCAGACUAGUCUGAUGAAAACAGCAGAUUACUUGGGCGGGGACUUUCAGACGCCCUGCUUCCGAGAUCAGAAUCUUGGGCUGAUAGGCAAGAUGCAUAGGCCACCAAUGAACAGGGUGGGGCCCGAGGUUGGACCAGGGGACGGCAGAACCACUCAGAUCCAGCACCCAGGCAUAAAAGAUGUCUCCUGCAGACAAUGGAUGAAAAUGCACUGAUCGUUGAUGGAGGAAAGAAAACACAUUCUCAUAAGGAUCUUGAUGUUUUUGCAGGGUCGAGUGGGGAUUUCUCCGCUCCGACUAGUUUUAUUGGACAAGUGGCUAAUUUUCACUUAUUAUGUUUACAUGUGAAUCUCAUUGUGACAUCGAAAUUAAAAGCAUAUAUAUAUAUAUAUAUAUAUUCCUCUUGAAAUCACCACAGAGACGAGAUAAUUAGUGAAUGGUUCAGUGUGGAACUGUCAGUCACUGGACACUACAAAGUACAGACGGAGAGACUUGCCAUAUGCACAUGUACAAAGAGGCUUCUUUUUCUUUUAACGUGUUUAUUUAUUUGUGUAAUAGGACUGUCUUAUGAAUCAGGUCACCCACUGUUCAAGGUUGAUUCCUGUCUAUCAUCGAAGUAUCUAAUCAGGUUGAUGUUUGUACAGAGUAUAGAUAUAUACUGUAUUGACAUCUAGAUCCUGCAGGGAGCAAUUUAAUGUUGGGACUGACUGGGGGAGCCAACCAACCGAUGCUCUCUUGCUCAAAAUGCUGCAAUGAAUUCAGGUGUCUGUUACAAUCCAUUUUGUCACCAUUGCCAAUUGAGGUUGGCAACAUGAUUGUGGAAUAACAUUUUUAUUUAAAUGGAGUGGGAAAAAAAUCUAAUCUGUUCAUUCUGUCUGAAUCCUGAAAUGGCCAAAGUCACAUAAUUGACAAGGAAAAACACCUUUUAAAAUAUGUGCCAUUUUAUGUUGGUUACAUUUUUUCCUAUAAUUUUGGUAAACCCGAAAACUAUUACUUGAAUUGUUGAGAUGCAAAGUUCUGUUUGGCAGUUGUUUAGUGAAGGGAGGGGGCUAGUUAUCAGGACUAAACCUUACUACUGGAGUGGAAGAAAUAUAAUUGUUACUAAUAUUAUAUUAGAAACUAACGAUGAACCAAAAGCAGAGUUUUGAUCCCGAGUUUUUUUUAAUGUUUUAUUUAUCAUUAAGUUAGGUCUAGUUGCUACUGAUUCUGAUAUGAAGUGUGCUUGAAGAGACCAAAUUGAUCACUUGCAAGAUCACUUGGAGUUAAACAGCAAAUGCAUUGUUUAUUUUAUUGUACACUGGCUUACCUACUAUACUACUCUAACUUUAAAGUGUAGUGUGUGUGUGUCUGUGAGAAUGAUGCCUGCUGACGUGGGUUGAGUGUAAACGUGUGUUUUGUAUGUGCUAGUGUGUGUCUGUAUGUGAGAGUGGGUGGACACUGACAUCCACAUUCUGUUCACCUCCCUCCCAAACAGCCCUUAAAAAGCCUUAAGUAUUUGGUCCUUGGACUUUCCUUUGAAAACAAGCAUGGUUAUAAUGAAAAUCAAAAAUGAUGAUUGGAAGAUUGCAAGGAUACAUACAGAGGAACAGCAAUUUCUGUUAAACAUUUUUUUUUUAUACCGUUUUUGUUGAAUAGAAAAAGCAAUUCCUUAGAUUCUUUUUUUUUUAUGAAAACAAGAAAUGGAGUAAUAUUUUGUAAGUAUAUUUUAAAUCUAUGUGUAGUUACUGGGUUGUAACAAAAAAAAUCAAAGUUUCAAAGCUUCACUUGUGACUAUUUAUAAUACUUGAUUUUCUUGUUAUUUAAAUCUUAUUUUUCCUCUUUGUUCCUUUUACUAUUGCUGUGAAAUGGAAGAAGGCCCAAUAAGCCUUUCUUUUACGAAUCACUCUGGCUGUACGACAGAUAAGACGCAAAAGCGUGAGAGUUGUGCUACUCUUUUUGUAAUAUUGUAAUAAUUAAAUAAAGUUCUAAUUUAUGCUUUGAAAUUAGUGUUCUAUGGAUGUCAUGUUCUUUUGAUGCCUGUUCUCCUAUUUGAUGAGCCGUACAGAACUUACAAAAAUAUGAGUAGGCCUAUUUGUAUGUAUAAGUUUACUACCCUUCAUUCAGUGAGAACAGAUGGAACAAAUUGGAAUCUUUUUAACCUUGUUUGUGUCCAGACCAUAUACCUGUCUGCUCACUGCCUAGUAGAUCUGCAUGGGUUACCCCCCCCCCCCCCUCCCCCAUUGAGGUUUAUAGUGUUACCCCCUGAUUGCUUGAAUGAUUUCCUUAGAUAAGACUGUAUUCCAUGUCUUUUUCCAUUUUAGUCCCUCAGAUUUCAUUUCAAUAGUAGGUUACUGUGUGAAAUAAAGAUUUACCUGCAUCAUCA